UCUCAUCUUUGACGUUAAAAUUUUCACGCUGUCUCUUUCUUUUCCUGCUUUGUCUGCAGUUUGGACUGCUGGGAAGUUGGCGCUCAUCGACGUUAAGUAUUCCCUUGUUUUUUUCGUUGGGAAAAAUAGUUCAGGCGUGAGGUUUUUGAGGUGGACAUCUAUUCUUCUCUUUAGGAAAACUCCAGUGACACUACAAAAAAAGAGUGUGAUAAGAGGAACGUGAGUGAGUUGAGACAACAGAGCUUCAGUAGUUUCUCUUGCUGAGUUGAUUUCACAGAAGAAAAAAAAGGAAAGAAAACUUCAGCAGAAUUUGUAAAUGGAAACAAGCGACAGAAUUAGCUCUGGAGUGACUGUGAUAGGAGCAGAAGCUCCAUCUACAUUUCAUAUAGCUCCCAGACCAUCUGAGAGCCCUAACCAGUUUCUUGGCUCAUCUCUGGCUCCCACGGAAGCUCCAAUGCCUAGUGCAGGCUCAGGGGACGCCUUUGGUAAGAAGAAGAGGGGCAGACCUCGUAAAAAUGAAGCUAAUGGAGCUCUUUUGCCCAUGCAAAUCUUUUCAUCGGCUCCUCUUGUGAAGAAACAACGAAGAGGCAAGCUUAAUGGUUUGGAUAUGAAGAUGCAUAAUAAGCGGAUGGGAUUCCAUACUUGUGGUGAAAGGCUUGGGGGUGUUGGAUCAAAUUUUACGCCACAUAUAAUCACAGUGAAAGCUGGUGAGGAUAUUACGAUGAGGGUCAUCUCGUUUUCACAACAAAGACCAAGAGCUAUUUGUAUUUUAUCAGCAAAUGGAGUUAUUUCAAGCGUCACUCUUCGCCGCCCCGAUUCCUGCGGUGGUACUCUCACAUACGAGGGUCGGUUUGAGAUACUGUCGCUGUCUGGUACUUUUGUGGAAACAGAGAAUCAAGGUUCAAGAGGCCAAUCUGGUGGCAUGAGCGUCUCUUUGGCGGGUCCUGAUGGACGUGUUGUUGGUGGUGGCGUGGCUGGCUUGCUCAUUGCAGCCACUCCUAUUCAGGUUGUUGUUGGCAGUUUUGUAACGAGUGAUCAGCAAGAACAUCAGAAACCACCAAGGAAGCAACGAGUCGAACAUACCACCUCAGCAACAACGGUCAUGUCAUUGCCUCCGCCCCCUCCUCCUCCUGCUUCGUCAAACCCAGAGAGGGAGCAGCCACUGCCAUCAUCAUUCGGCAUUUCCAGCUGGACCAACGGACAGGACUACUCGAGAAGCUCAGACACUGACAUCAACGUAUCUUUACCGGCCCGUCCGUACAAUCUUUAGAAGGGAUUGUUGAAGCUGAAUGUUACUACUGUACGCUUUUCUUGUACUCCAAGUUAAUCAUCUGUCCUUUAGUAAACGACCUGAGCUUCUUCUACUUAUUGUAACUUUCGCAGUCGGCUUAAGUUGUUCUUUUAGUACUCCAACUGCCAGUUUCCGUUGGAUGAAUAUGUGUGACACUCUUUAUCCAUACAUAUAUGUUCUGAUGAUGAAUAUGCUUACAUUACUUUUAUUGGUGAGGACAAAACAUAUUCAUAUGAUGUAUUAUAGCACCACAUU